AUGAAAGCGUGCAUAAUUCUCCAUAAUAUGAUUGUUGAAGAUGAGCGGGAUAAUAAUGAAGUGGUAGAUUUAGAUUAUGAACAAAAUGAUGGAGUGGAUAAUCCUCCUCUGCAAAUGUUACGUGAACAAAGUGAUGAAUUUUUGUCAUACAUUGAGAGGCAUGGAUGCAUUAGAGACCGAGAAAUUCAUUUUCAACUCCAGUCGGACCUUAUUGAACAUUUAUGGCAAUCGCAAGAGGAUUAUUUGCUAUCAUGCGGCGGCGGCGGCGAUGGAAAAAGAGUCAUCAGUGGCGGUGGUGGCAGCAACAGUGGUGGAAAAAGAGUUGUCGGCGGUGGCGGCGGCGGCAGUGGCAGUGGCAGUGGUGGCGGCGGCGGCGGCGGCGAUGGCGGUGGCGGUGGCGGUUGA